AUGGAUAAUCACCAGCAGCAGAGGGAGGAGCAGCCAUACCUCCUCCAUGAUCACCUCCUCCACCACCACUGGCCGCCCUUGCAGGGCCAACAGCAGCAGCCACUGCAACAUCAACACCCGCUGUAUCUCCUCAAUGAUCAGCAGCAACCGGUUCCGCAAGGCAAAAUUCUCCACGAAAAUUCACAGAAUUUUCUGGAUUCUAUGCCUCGCGGUUACAGGUUUUGCCCCACUGAUGAAGAGCUAAUUGUACACUACUUGAGGAAAAGGAUCGCCAAGGCUCCAUUACCACUUAACAGAAUUCAUGAAGCCAAUGUCUACGGCCACAAUCCUCAAGAACUUACAAUGACGGUAGAUCACGAGAACACCAUCAUCAUAGAGAUGAGAUUUGGGGUUAGAGGGUUUCUCAUUGAUGCACAUAGAUACAUAUCGGAUAGCCUUCAUAACGUGAACGGAUGGUACUUCUUCACCUAUUUGACGAACAAAUACCCCAAAGGCAGCCGUCCCUCUCGAUCAUGUGGAGAUGGUGGAUUUUGGAAACCCACCGGCAAAGACAAGAAGAUUUAUUACAAUGGCAAUACCGUCGGAUACAGGAAGUCACUAGAUUUCUUACUUGGGCCUGGUGAAAAAACGGCUUGGAAGAUGCAUGAAUAUAGAAUUCAUGCAAAUAACCCCAAGUCGGAUCCAGUUUUAUGUAGAUUGUAUAUGAACAUAAGACGCAAAAAAAAAGAUGAAAGUGAAGGUGACACAGUAGAAUUGAUGAGGGAAAAUCUUGACCAGUGUUUUACAGUGAAUGAAGCUCCCAUGCAGAAUGAGGACAAUGAUUUGGCGGUUGGCAAUAUUUCCUCUGCUGGUUCUACAAACAAUCAAUGUAUGGAGUAUAUUACCAGCACUCUAGACACAGGAGGUGAUGCCAAUUCAAACCAGGUUAUCUAUGAUCUUUCUAGUUUCCAAUUUCCUGAUCAUCCAUUUCAAGAUUUCCAAGGAUACACUAAUUCUCAUGGUGGGCUCGAAGCAAUUACUCAAGAGUUCACUGAACCGUUCGAUUUAUCAAAGGGUACCAUGAUGCCCUCUAAUUUGAGUAUGGAACCGUUCCAUUUAUCAAGGGGUACCAUGAUCCCUUCUGAUUUGAAUAUGGAGGAUGUUUCGAAGUAUGCUACUGGUGACACAGUAGAAUUGAUGAGGGAAAAUCUUGACCAGUGUCUUACAGUGAAUGAAGCUCCCAUGCAGAAUGAGGACAAUGAUUUGGCGGUUGGCAAUAUUUCCUCUGCUGGUUCUACAAACAAUCAAUGUAUGGAGUAUAUUACCAGCACUCUAGACACAGGAGGUGAUGCCAUUUCAAACCAGGUUAUCUAUGAUCUUUCUAGUUUCCAAUUUCCUGAUCAUCCAUUUCAAGAUUUCCAAGGAUACACUAAUUCUCAUGGUGGGCUCGAAGCAAUUACUCAAGAGUUCACUGAACCGUUCCAUUUAUCAAGGGGUACCAUGAUCCCCUCUGAUUUGAAUAUGGAGGAUGUUUCGAAGUAUGCUAUUGGUGGUACUGAUUUGUCCGACUUAGCAUGGCAAAUUAUGUCAAUAUGA